AUGCCCACGAGCUGUGUUGGUAGGUUCUUUGUUGACCAAUUCUCUUUCUUGCAGCUUUAUGCCACUCUGAAGGAUGGAAACCCACCCUGGGAGGUGACGGAAGCUGUCCUCUUCAUCAUGGCCUCCAUAGCCAAGAGCGUUGACCAGGAGAACAACCCAACCCUGGUGGAGGUUCUGGAGGGGGUGGUUCGCCUCCCCGAGACGGUCCACACCGCCGUCCGCUACACCAGCAUCGAACUGGUGGGAGAGAUGAGCGAAGUGGUGGAUAGAAACCCCCAAUUCCUUGAUCCCGUGCUGGGUUAUUUGAUGAAGGGUCUGUGCGACAGGCGGUUGGCGUCGGCGGCGGCCAAAGCCAUCCACAAUAUCUGCUCGGUGUGUCGGGACCACAUGGCUCAGCACUUCAACGGGCUGCUGGAGAUAGCUCGUUCCCUCGACUCCUUCACACUCUCUCCUGAGGCUGCUGUUGGACUCCUGAAAGGGACGGCCUUGGUCCUGGCCAGGCUCCCCUUGGAGAAGAUAGCAGAAUGCCUCAGCGAGCUCUGCGCCGUACAAGUGAUGGCGCUGAAGAAGCUGCUCUCUCAGGAGCCCAGCAACGGCCUCUCCUCAGACCCUACCGUGCCCCUGGAUCGACUCGCUGUCAUAUUUAGACACACCAACCCCAUUGUAGAAAACGGACAGGUCCAUCCGUGCCAAAAAGUCAUUCAGGAAAUCUGGCCCGUGCUGUCGGAGACCCUGAACAAACACAGUGCCGAUAACCGCAUCGUGGAGCGAUGCUGCCGCUGCCUGCGCUUCGCCGUCCGCUGCGUGGGCAAAGGUUCUGCUGCUCUGCUCCAACCACUCGUCACCCAGAUGGUGAACGUGUACCGGGCACACCAGCACUCCUGUUUCCUCUACCUGGGCAGCAUCUUGGUGGAUGAGUACGGCAUGGAGGAGGGCUGCCGGCAGGGACUGCUUGACAUGCUGCAGGCGCUAUGCAUACCCACCUUCCAACUCCUAGAGCAGCCCAAUGGCCUUCAGAACCACCCAGACACCGUGGAUGACCUCUUCCGACUAGCAGCCAGGUUUAUCCAGCGUAGCCCCGUCACCUUGCUAAGGAGCCAGGUGAUGAUCCCCAUCCUACAAUGGGCCAUCGCUGCCACCACCUUGGAUCACCGGGAUGCCAACUGCAGCGUCAUGAAGUUCUUACGUGAUCUUAUCCACACCGGGGUGGCCAACGAUCACGAGGAAGACUUUGAAGUCCGGAAGGAGCUGAUCAACCAAGUGAUGAACCAACUGGGCCAGCAGCUCGUCAACCAGCUGCUGCACACGUGCUGCUUCUGCCUCCCGCCGUACACCCUGCCCGACGUCGCCGAGGUGCUCUGGGAGAUCAUGCAGAUCGACCGACCG